AUGAAUUACCUGUGCUUUCUACCCAAGUUGAGUACGACUGUUAAUCGCUGCGCCAGGGCGGGCAAACCCCCAGUCCCGCUCCCCGUUCCGGGGCACAUUCUUCGGCGUCGCUGCAGGCGGGCAGCGAAGGCGGGGCCUCUAAAGGCGGAACCAAAGGCCGAAGGCGAGGACCAGGUCCUCCGCGGCGACUUUCUCCUCCUGCUCCCGGAAGUACGAGAGAACGCGCGCUCGGGGCGAACUUCCGGCGGCGGUUGCCGGGGUGACACGAUUGCUAGGGAGGCCGUGCUGGGCCCGCUGCGCCGUGCUGCCAUUGCGAUUCCUGGCAAUGUUCGAUUAAGAUGUAUUUCCUGGAAUAAGGAUCAAGGUUUCGUAGCCUGUGGUGGAGAGGAUGGAUUACUGAAAGUUUUAAAAUUAGAAACACAGACAGAUGAAGCAAAAAUAAAGGGACUUGCAGCUCCUAGCAGUCUUUCUGUGAAUCAGACUCUUGAAGGUCACAGUGGUUCUGUGCAAGUGGUGACAUGGAAUGAACAGUAUCAAAAACUGACGACCAGUGAUCAAAAUGGACUCAUCAUCGUGUGGAUGCUGUAUAAAGGUGCUUGGUAUGAGGAGAUGGUUAACAAUAGAAAUAAAUCUGUUGUUCGAAGUAUGAGCUGGAAUGCUGAUGGGCAGAAGAUUUGUAUUGUAUAUGAAGAUGGAGCUGUGAUUGUUGGAUCAGUGGAUGGCAAUCGCAUCUGGGCAAAAGACUUGAAAGGUACCCACCUGUGCCAUGUGGCCUGGUCCUCCAAUAGCAAAGUUUUACUCUUUGGAAUGGCAAAUGGAGAGAUUCACAUUUAUGACAGUCAGGGAAAUUUUAUUGUGAAAAUGAAGCUGAGUUGUUUGGUGAACUCAGAUAAAGCAUUCAGGAUUGCUGGAAUACAUUGGUAUCAUGGUACAGAAGGCUACAUUGAACAAGAUUGUCCUUGUCUUGCUGUCUGUUAUGACAAUGGAAGAUGCCAGAUAAUGAGAGAUGAGAAUGACCACAAUCCUGUUUUGAUUGACACUGGUAUGAAUGUAGUAUGUAUUCAGUGGAAUCAUUGUGGAAGUGUAUUGGCGGUGGCAGGCUCUCUGAAAACAACUUCUCAAGAUAAAGAUGUAAACAUUGUGCAAUUCUAUACUCCAUUUGGUGAGCAUUUGCGCACACUGAAAGUUCCCGGUAAACAGAUAUCUGCCUUAUCUUGGGAGGGCAGUGGCCUGAAAAUUGCACUAGCAGUCGAUUCGUACAUAUAUUUUGCAAACAUUCGUCCGGAUUACAAG